AGUAGGGGGCUGGGUGGUAAAAGCAGGCACAGAGCGCUGCACGGAAAUAAAGACCAGCGCAGCGAGGGGCUAGUCGGGCAAGGAGAGCUGCAGCUUUCUGGGGUGCAGGGAUAGCCAGGCUUAGAGGCAGCGCCUUGAGGGGGGCCAUAAGGACCAAAGGUGCUAAGAGGUAGAGAGGCCUGCUGGAGAACAGGGUGGGGUGAAGGACUGGGGGUAGAGAGAGAAGAGAGAAUGCUGACAGGGCAAGUAGAAGAUGUUCUUUGUCCUCAGUGUCCUGGAACCCUGAAACAUGCCAUUAAGUGGAGAGCUGUAUGGUUGUGAAGACCCCACCUACUGGAGGACAGUGUUUGAUGUCUACUGGGAUGUACUCAAAGCCAAAGGAGGCAAGAAGAAAAACCUUUCUGAGCUGGAUAAAUGUGUGAAAUCCCUGCCAACUGUUCUUAGUAGCAGCUGGGUCUUCAAUAGUAUGAGCUUCCUCACAGCAGUGCCCACUCAGUACGAGCUGCAACUCCAGCUGCAUGAACAGCGGGGAAAGUUUCGUCCUCGUCUGCAGCAGCUGGUGGCCACUAACUCCAGUGAAACGGUGGAGAUCUGUACAAGGAAAGCUUUCCAGCUCCUUCCAGAUGUGGCAGCUGCCAUCACUGAGCUGAGCCAGCUAAAGGCUGUGGGACCAGCCACAGCUUCGGCAAUUCUAGCUGCAGGAGCCCCAGAGUCUGCGGCAUUUAUGGCAGAUGAAGCAAUGGAGUCUAUCCCUGGCCUCACCCCAAUUCAGUAUACCCUCAAGCACUAUAUCCUCUACCUGGGCAAGAUCCAGCUCUGUGUCAAGAAACUAAACCAAGUGGAUACAGAGAAAGCAUGGACUCCUCAUCGUGUGGAGAUGUGUCUCUGGGCCUGGGCCGUGGCACAGAAAUUGUGUCCUUCACUGCUGCAGACUCUCAGCUUAGGAGAGAAGGCAGCUGAUGAGGCAGAUGAGGAUGUGAGACCCACAAAGAAAGGGAAAACCAGGUGAAAACAUUAUCAGCCAGGAACCUAACAAGCGUCACUCAGUGUUUGCUGCCUGUUAUCCAAUGCACAGUUCAACUAAAUGCCAAAGCAGGACUUCCUGGUAAUCCAAAUAUUGCCCUUUUUCUGGGGUCAUUCAGGGAAUGGGUCAAAUUGAUCGGGUGUGGGAAGAAAUAAAGGGAAGCUCUUCUGUUUGAAUCACUCCCCAUUUCAAGCCAAAGCUGAUCUUUCAAACAGAGCCCUAUCCUGUAGGUUAUAUUUCUGAGACCCUAACUCCUCCAGCUCUCUGCUUGGUGUGUGCACUGAUUUUUACAAUAAUUCCUUAAUAAACUUUUGAUGGUUUUCAUAGUA